CUGUGUAGCUUUUGCGCAGCGAAAAAAAUUGUGGGACAAAUACAAGGCGAAAUCUCGCAAACACAGACCCUCGAUGGUCGUCUCGACGGACAUCAGUUACGGGACGCACGUUUGCAUGAAAAACCGUCCAAUGUACCAACCGGGAGCGAUCGGCUUCACCAUCGCCAACGGCGUUUCCAAGGUCAGUCAGCUGCUCUUGGCCGCCUGGAACCUCGAUUCAACUUACCGUUUUAAAAUUUUGCCCGCCGGAUCUCUUCACACCGGAGGAUCUGCCGAUAAACGCGAAUCCAAUGGAAACGCCAGUGCCAGCGGCAGCAGCAAAUCGAACCACAAGGAAACCGCCGAUCGUUCGGACAUGCCGCCGCCUCUUUCGCCGGCCUCGAGCACGUGCAGCGAUACCGGAAGCAUCACCACGAAUCACAUUUUCUACUUGUCGCGCUAUUUCGUGCCUUCCUUUUUGGUCCUUGCUGAGAUCCGAUGGAAACUCCGAGUUGUCAGAAACGGAAGUGAUCGUCCACGACGACAGUAACAGUCUUUUGAUGUCACUUACUUCGGUUGCACCUGCAUUUACGAGAUUCACCAAAAACAAAACACGG